AUGGGCAUCACGUCCGACCUGCGCGAUGUGCUGCUUUCUCAGCCCAAGUCGUUCAAGAAGAAGAAGGAGUACAGCCUCGAGGAGCUCCUGGGCCGCGGCGGGUUUGGCAAGGUCGUGCGCGCGACGUGGCGCCCGCCAGGAGGCGAGGAGAAGGAGGUCGCUCUCAAAAUCGUCCCCAAGAAGUUAGUUAAGGACCCGUCGACGAUCAUGGACGAGAUCAACGUGCUCAAGGAUCUGGAUAACCCGCACAUCGUGCACGUGUGGGACCACUUUGAGAGCCGCGACAAGUACUACAUUGCGUUCGAGCUUGCGAUCGGCGGUGAGCUCUUCGAUCGGAUUACGGAGCGGGGGCGGUUCACGGAGAAGGACGCGGGAGAUUGUAUCCGACAAGUCCUCGAGGCUACUGCGUACCUGCACGCGCACCAAAUCGUGCACCGCGACCUGAAGCCGGAGAACAUUCUCUUUAAGACGCGGGAUCCUGUCUCUCCCAUCGUCAUUGCCGAUUUCGGUAUCGCGAAGCACCUCGAGCCCGACGAGGAGAUCACCUCGAUGGCCGGAUCCUUCGGCUACGCCGCCCCCGAGGUGCUGCUCGGCAAGCCGCACUCCUACCCUGUCGACCUGUGGUCCACGGGCGUGAUCGCGUACACGCUCUUGUGCGGGUACAGUCCGUUCCGGAGCGACGACAAGGCCGAGCUGAUCCGGGAAACGACUAGAGGGAAAGUAACCUUCCACGACCGGUUCUGGAAGCACGUCUCUGAGCCGGCGAAGGACUUCAUCCGAAAGCUUCUGGUGGUGGACCCGAAGCAGCGCCUGACGGCCGCGCAAGCGCUGCAGCACCCAUGGAUCGUGGCGAGCCGAGGCGCAAUGAAGGAGGAGGACGCGGCGCGCUCGGCAGGCUAUGACCUGAGCUCGAACAUUCGCGAGAACUUCAACCCACGGAAGAAGUGGAGCGACGCGCUCAACGUCAUCAUGGCCAGCAAUGCUCUCAAGGCAGCGGGACGGAAGAAGGAGGAGCCCCUCGACUCGGACAGCAGCAGUGAGGAGGGCUACGCCACGGCCGACAGCGAGGCCAGCCCCGCCUCUGCCCCAGCCACCUCGGCCGGAGCAGCGGCAGCCGGCGCCGCGCCAGCCGUGCCCGCCGCCGCGGCCGUCCAGGCUUCAGCCCAAGCCGCCCAGGCUGAUGUCCGAACACCCAGCCCGGCGCAAAGUACACCGCGCACGCCCCAGACGCCCGCGACGCCCAAACCCUCCACGCCAGGCGUGCAGAGCGAGCGCGCUCCCUCGCGGAGCAGCUCCGGGUUCGGCCUCGCCGGGCUCGUGAACAGCCUCAAGGCCCAGAAACUCUAG